GUCACAGAGGCAAAAGUGACGUGAAGAGUCACAAAUUCAUCCUCAGGUCGACCCUAUUCCCUUGUUGUUGGAAGAUACUCCCCCUGGACGGUGCCGCCUUACCUCAGUCACACAUCUUGCGCUCUACCACGCACAUUGCCACCUUCAAUCAGCUUCUACUUUUCGAGUUCUACUAUCAAGAUGAGCGAGCCACUACCUUCCUCUUUCGAUGACAACCCUCAGUUCCAAGAAGAGACUUCGCUGCAGAAGUUCCGCAGGCGGCUCAAGCAAGAGCCGCUGAUUCCGCUCGGAUGUGCGGCUACCUGCUACGCCCUCUACCGGGCCUACCGAUCCAUGAAGGCGGGCGACUCGCUUGAGAUGAACAAAAUGUUCCGUGCCCGUAUCUACGCCCAGUUCUUCACCCUCAUCGCGGUGGUUGCGGGAGGCAUGUACUACAAGACCGAGCGUCAGCAACGCAAGGAGUUCGAGCAGGUUGUGGAGGCACGCAAGAGUCAGGAGAAGCGGGAUGCUUGGCUGCGGGAACUGGAGAUCCGAGACCAGGAGGACAAGGAUUGGCGGGAGCGCCAUGCCGCCAUCGAGGCUGCCGCCAAGGAUGCGGGCAAGAGAAAGGCGACUGCGGAGCAGGACGCUGCUCGUUCGGCCCUCGAGCCCUCCGAGGAGAAGCCCAUCGGGGUUCUGAGUGCUGUUAUGGAGCUCUUGUCGCGGCAGAAGUAAAAAAACCGACAAAGGGGGAACGUUUUCUGAUUGAUUUUGGACGACCUGUCUGGGUAUCAUAUCUUAUUGUACAUACAUAUAUUCUCACUGCUUUGAAAGAAAAUGCACACUCUCCG